AACGACGAGCACUGUUCAGCUUGUCGAGGGACAGGCAAACUACUAUGCUGCGACGAUUGCCCUCGGUCUUUCCAUUUCAGCUGCAUCGAGCCGCCUAUUGAAGAAGCAGAUAUACCGGACGAGCCUUACUUCUGCAUGUCAUGCUGGGAACGACGCGUAAUAUGUUGGCGCAUUCGAGACACAAUGCUAAUGAAAAGUAUGGAUUUCCGGACCCGCCACCUGGCCUGUUCCGCCAGCUGA